AUGUCCUUGCGGGUGCUCUGUAAAGACCAUCCUCAACGCUCUAUAGCAUUGGUUACUGCGGAUAAUCAUGCUCUUACUUUGGAAUACUCGCCUCCUCAAUCCGAGUCAGCAGCAUCCUCGGGCUCUUAUUCCAACGUUGUGCCCCCUCGGUGCGUCGUGAAGUUUUCACGCCUGUCUUCUUUGGACGACGCGGAUCACCGGCUUCUAGGGAUUGGAUAUGGAACUCUGGGUCUUCUUACCCUCAACAGCGAUGUAUUUCUUUGCAUCAUCGCGAAUUUGUCGGCUGUAGCAAACCCUAGACCUAACGAGACUGUCCAAAGGAUCGAAAACGUUGAAUUCUAUUGCCUUAAUCGCCCAGAUUACGAUGCUGUGCUGGACUUUUACGAAGGGAAUGCAAGUUAUAGCCAAUCUAACCUGGAAGCCGAUUAUGGGACUGCCUUUCAAGGGAAGGAUACUGUGACAGAGAAUCCAUUUUUAGCGCUUAAAAAGCUUUUAAGUGAUGGAAGCUUUUAUUACAGUACGGAUUUCAACUUGACAAAUCGGAUGCAAGAUCGUGUCAGUCAGGACGCUUUUGAUAUCGAAAGUCUAGAUGAAGACUUCCUCUGGAAUUCAUAUAUGAUAGGGCCGCUAUUACAGUUCCGGAAUAAAUUGGCCGAUCAUGAAAGAAAUCUGCUUGACUCAACUCAAAUCCUCACCUCGGUGAUUCGAGGCUUUGUCCAGAGCAUGACCAUUCCGGCUUCUUCACCUCUUCUCGGGACCUCGCGGUCGCACCUUCCAUCAACCCUGACUUUGAUCUCGCGACUCUCUUCACGAAGGGCGGGCACAAGAUUCAAUUCUAGAGGAAUAGAUGAUGAUGGCCGAGUUUCCAACUUUGUCGAAACAGAAACGGUUUUAUGGAUUCCCCCAGGAAUUACCUUUUCUUAUAUUCAAGUUCGGGGCUCGAUACCUAUUUUCUGGGAACAAACCCCUGGAUUGAUUCCAGGGCAGCAAAAAAUCCAAGUGACGCGAUCUGUUGGUGCCACCCAACACGCUUUUGAUAGGCAUUUUGAAGCUCUCCAGCUGGACUACGGUGUAACCCAUGUCAUUAACUUGUUGAGCGAAGUAAAGCCAGGCGAAGUUGAGUUAUCUGAAAGAUACCGUUAUCAUAUGAGACAAAGCCCUUUAAGACGGGCGCGUGACGAAGGGACAUCUUCUGCGCAUCACCUUUUGCAGUGGACUGAUUAUGAUUUUCAUGCGGAGACUAGGGGCCCUGCAGGCUAUGGGAAUGCCGUGCUCAUUGAGCACAAACUCGGUCCUUCCAUCGAUGGGUUUGCGUAUUUUCUAUCAGAGAACUCAGGCAGCACUACGCUACAAUCCAGCCGCCUUUCGGACAAGCCGGCAGUCAUUCUUCAGCAAGAGGGAGUGUUUCGCACAAAUUGCCUUGACUGUCUUGACAGGACGAACCUUGUGCAAACAUUGAUUAGCCGCAUGGUGUUAGAAAGGUUUCUUAAGCAGUACCAUGGCACUCAGGUCGACAAAUUUUGGCUUAUACAUUCUACUUUGUGGGCUGACAACGGUGAUAUGUUGUCAAAGGGCUAUGCUGGCACUGGGGCGUUAAAGUCAUCCUUCACAAGGCAUGGUAAAAUGUCUCUUGCAGGAGCAAUCGCGGACGCAAGGAAAAGCGUCACCAGGUUGUAUUUCAACAAUUUCACUGACAAUGCAAAACAAAACACAAUAGAUAUCUUGCUGGGGGCUUUAACUGGGCAGGCUGCAGUUCAUCUUUACGAUCCUGUGAAUGACCUUGUUAGGGCUGAACUUACGGGGAGAUCUACUGAAUUUUCAUCUAAGAAAGUAAUCCGAGUAUGGACCGGAACUUUCAACGUCAAUGGGCGGCCCUACGAUAUCACAGAAAACCUUGGGGUUUGGCUCCAUGCUCACCUUUCCAAAACUUCGGAAGAGCCAACGCUUCUAGCAGUCGGUUUCCAGGAGAUAGUCGAACUCAGCCCACAGCAAAUUAUGUCCACCGAUCCGGCGAGUCGUAAAGUAUGGGAAGAGGCUGUUAAAAAAGCGCUCGACGAGGAAACUUCCCGCAGAGGUACAAAUGAAUAUAUACUUUUGAGAAGUGGACAGCUUGUUGGUGCAGCGCUCUUGUUGUUUGUGAAAAAGGAUGCUUUGAAAGAGAUAAAAAACGUUGAGGGCAGUGUGAAAAAGACGGGUUUAUCUGGCAUGGCGGGAAAUAAAGGCGGGUGUGCAAUUCGCCUGGAAUUCUCAGCUACUCGUAUUUGUUUUGUCACUGCACAUCUAGCUGCUGGAUUUGCCAAUUACGAGGAGCGAAAUAGGGAUUACUAUACCAUCGCUAAUGGACUUAGAUUCCAGCGUAAUCGCACGAUAAAUGAUCACGAUGCUGUCAUCUGGCUUGGUGACCUCAAUUAUCGUGUUGAGUUGAACGACGAUGAAUACUACUCAGAAGGUCCGAUUACCUUCCCCCCUACGUACCGCUAUAAUAACGGUUCGGACUCGUAUGAUACAUCGGAAAAGCGGCGUAUUCCGGCUUGGUGCGAUAGAAUCCUUUGGAAAGGGGAGUGUUUGCAUCAACUCGAGUAUAACACUGCACCUUUGAAGAUGUCUGAUCAUAGACCAGUAUAUGCUGUGUUCGAAUGCAUGGUUUGUACUGUCAACGAGGAAGUGAAGGCGAGUCUGAGCCGCGAACUGUACGAGAAACAUAAGAGGGCAAUCGAGCCUACUGGAUCACCAAAGUCUGAGCAUACUGAGGAAGGGGUUCCGGUUCGUGGUUAUAUUGCUCCUGGCCUUUCGCCAGCUAAACUUACGUGGUGGCUCGAUAACGGAUUGCCUGUAAGGUCAUCUGCGAGUCCGCCCGUGGGCUAUGUCACAAGCUCUGGAAGUAGGCAAAAUCCUUUCUCGGCACUAACUGAACAUGACUGGGUCCAUAUCAUGCCCAAAGGUAAAGAUGACAAAGUUCCACGCCGUGCUAAGAACGAAAACCCCCUCCGGAACCACUCGUCUCCCGAUAAUAUUAUGGGGGCGUCAGCCAGAGGUGUUCUGGUGGACGUAGGUUUGACUGGACAUGAAAACGCGGCCGGUUCAAAAAAAGAGACAAACCAUUUACAACAACUUAUUGAGAUCCCAGAACCCAAGAAAAUACCACCGCCGAUUCCAAAAAAGCCUUUCGAGUUAUCUAACCCAAGCCAAAGCUUUGGCCCUUUCAGCAAGUCUAAAUCAAGUAUAGUGACAAGUACAAGAGAUCCUAUUAAGAUUGAAAACUCUGACUCUCCUCGGCAAACUGGUGAUAGCUGGUCAAAUUUACCAUAUCGCGGCAAAGAAACGCGGUUGUUGUCGGGGAAGAUGGAUAAUAUGGAGGGUACAAGCCACCAUCGCUUGAUAGAAACACGAAACGAGCCCGACAAUUCCGGACUCCUGGAUUCAGAGAUAGACAUGGGAAUGGCCGAAUGGAAACCCCUUCAGCCGAGACAAUGA